AUGGAAAUAACUUACGUAUACACGAGACUACGAUCAAACUUCGGUCGUCACUACAAAUUCAAAGAUUCGGAAGAUAAAAUCCUGUGCGACAUCAAACCGGAUCCGGAGAUAUCCCAAUCCUUCAUCGAUAGGGACCCGGUGGAUAGGGGCGUGCAAUGUACGGUCGAACAGUCCGUGCAAGAAGUGAAUACGGAAAGACGGAAAAUGGAGACGAAAUCGGUGAACCAUGUGGAGGGCGGCUGGCCACGAGACGUCCAUUACUACGAUCCGGAUCAAGUGGCCAGGUUUCGCAAGAAGAUUGAGAAGGAUGAUGUCUAUAUCGAGACUGUUAAGAAACUGGCCGAGACAAUGGAAAGAUAUAUAAGGCAGAACAACUCUCUCGAUAUAUACGAAGACUACUUUGGCGGAGCUGAGAGCAUUUUAGACUUGAAUAAACCGACUUUGAAAAUUAUAAACCUCUUUAACGAUCAGAACGAGAUCAAAAGGCCAGUCUCUAGUUUAUCGUGGUUCACUGAUGGCCCCAAGAAAGUUGCAGUGUCUUACGCCGAUCCGGAAUGCCAGGAUCACUUCUUCGUUUCCAACUUCUAUAACUGUUACAUUUGGGACGUUGAAUCACCCCACAACGCCGAAAUGACCCUACGCCCGCAAUCGCAAGUGGCCUGCCUAGAAUACAACCCGAAAGAUCCACACACGAUUGUGGGGGGUCAGUACAACGGCCAGGUGGUACUCUGGGAUUGCAGGGGCAAAGGUACCCCCUACGAAAGUUCGGAUGCACUUAAAGGUCAUAAGGACGUUGUGAGGUCACUCGUCUGGAUUCAGAGUAAAACGGGAUGUGAACUUUUCUCCGCGUCCUUAGAUGGCCAGGUCUUAUGGUGGGACACAAGGAAGCUGACCGAGUAUACGGAAGUAAUGUACCUCGACCCAACCAGAAAGCAGGAGGCCACCAAGUCUAUCGGGGCCCAGUGUCUCGAAUUUGAAAGCACCAUCCCAACAAAAUUCAUGGCGGGCUGUGUCGAAGGUUCAAUCCUGAUCUGCAACAGAAAGGCAAAGUCAGCCGUCGAGAAGGUUUCCACAGUCUACACUGGAGUGCAGAAGAGCCCCGUGUACAGCUUGCAGAGAAAUCCAUUCUUCUUAAAAAACUUUCUUAGUUGCAGCGCAUAUCAGAUCAGGUUCUGGUCAGAGGAUUGGAAGGAAUCUUCAAUCUGGUGCAGCCGGGAAUUUACGUCACACGCCACGUUUUCAUGCUGGAGCCCUACACGCCCUUCUGUCUUGUACACUGCGAUGGCCAAUGGGAUGAUAAGCUGUUGGAACGUUCUACUCAACCAGAAGGAGCCCGUCUUCAAAAUGCCCAUAUCGAAGCAAGCGCUCAGGUGUAUGAAGAUGUUUGAGAAUGGAAAGUUUCUGGUAGUAGCCGGCGACGACGGGAUGACGACGCUGCUGAGGGCUUCUGAUGAUUUGGUGGUGGCUGAAAAAAACGAAAAAAAAGAACUUGGAGAAUUUUUUGAUAGAGAGACAAAAAGAGAAAAAAACUUGGAAGCGAUGCGAAGGGAGAAGAGGAAGGUGAAGUCUCAGAGUCCAAAGGAGAGCAGCGUUAGUAGGAGAAAUUCCUGA